AUGCUCUACACCCAUGCGACGAUAAUCACGGUCGACCAGACCCGCCGGGUCAUCAGCGAUGGCGCACUCCUCGUACACGACGACAAGAUUGUCGACGUGGGCAAAACGACCGAGUUGACGACCAAGUAUCCCGAGGAAGCCCAGUACGACCUUUCCAACCACAUCGUGAUGCCGGGCAUGGUUUCGACGCACAUGCACUGCGUGCAAUCCAUCCUGCGCGGCAUUGCCGAAGACCGCGACCUGAUCUCUUGGAUGUGUGACCGCAUUUGGGUGGCACAGGGCAAUAUCACGCCGCCCGAGGCCUACGCGGCGGCCCGCCUGUCCAUGGCCGAGAUGCUCAAGGGCGGCACCACUUGUUUCAUCGAGUCGCUGUGGGCCGAGCGGUACGGCUUCGACGGGCUGGUUAAGGCGGUCGACGAAAGCGGCAUCCGGGGCUGCCUGGGCAAAGUGGUCAUGGAUCGACGAGCCGACCAACCCGAGUUCAGGAACCGCAUGCACCACGGUCUGGUCGAGGACCGCCAAAGUUUGGCCAACGCUGUCCAAAUGCACGACAAAUGGCACGGUUCUAGCGAUGGGAGAGUGCAGGUUUGGUUUGGCGCGAGGACCCCCGGCGGUGUUACCACCGAAUUAUUGACCGAAAUGUCCAGCAUUGCCAGAGAGAAAGGCAUUCGCAUCACCAUGCAUUGCCUGGAAGAAAAGGCCGACCGAGACGUCUUUGACCAGGAUUUCAAAAAGGGCCCCAUGCAAUAUUGCGAGGAAAUUGGUCUCCUCGGCGACAGAACCGUCUUGAUUCACAUGGUUUGGCUGGAAGAUGACGAUAUUCACCGUCUGGCCACCACGCGUACACACAUUGCCCAUUGUCCGUCUAGUAACAUGAAACUUGGGUCGGGGUUCUGUCCGGUCCCCAAGCUUCUUGACAACAAUGUCAAUGUCGGAAUUGGUUGUGAUGGUGCUCCUUGCAGUAACACGCUGGACCUGUUCCAAGAGAUGUCUCUUGCGGCAAAACUGCAAAAGGGUUUACAUCUCAACCCCAAACUCCUUCCAGCCGAGACCAUGAUCGAAAUGGCAACCAUCAAAGGCGCCGAGGCGGUCGGUCUUGUCGACAAAAUCGGGUCUCUAGAGAUUGGAAAACAAGCCGACUUCAUCGGCAUUAAGGUCGAAAAUCUACAUCAGGUCCCCACCUACGAUCCCGUCAGUACUGUGGUCCAUGCCACAAAUGCCAGGGAUGUCAAACUGGUAGUGGUAAACGGUAAAGUCACGGUAGAGAACGGCCAGCUGACCACUAUGGAUGAAGCUGAGGUCAUACGUGAAGGAAUCAAGGCUGGAAAGGCUGUUUUAAGCCGCGCCAACUUGGCUGAUGAUAUUCACGGUAGUUGGCCUCUAGAAUAA